AGAAUGCAUCAGCACAUGCACAACCGAAACCAACACUCAGGCAAAUAUCCACAUUGCAGAAGCAAGAAAACACAAGAGAGAUUUUCUCUCUUACACAUUCUGUCGAACAAUUGAUCCAACGACCACCAUCGACCCAUCAACUCAGGCAAAUAUCCACAUUACAGAUUUUCUCUCUUUUACACCAAUUUUUUUUCUCUCUUUCUUUUGUUUUUUCCAUGGCAUCUGAAGACUCUUUCCCCAUCUCCUCCACACAAAACCCAAUGCCCACCAUCAAUCCAUCCAUUCUCAACUCUGCAACUCACUUCAUCACCAUGUAACGCUGCGGCUGAAGAUGAAGGCGGCUGAGGGAGGGAGGGCGGCGGGUUCUAGGGGAGAGAUCUUGCCGUCGAGGUUUUUUCGAUGCUUCAAGCGGCUGCUGACUCGUGGUCUUCGACGGGAUGUACAACUUCGUGAAAGGAUUGAGAGGUAGAGAAGAAAUGCAGAGAGGGCGGGACUGAUGAAGAGGGAAGGAAUGAAAUGAUAAAAAUAAUAAUUUUGAGGGAGUCACUUACACGCCGUUUGCCCGGGUCAACCGUAUAUAACUUUUUUUCUAUAUAUAAAGCCACCAUCAUUGCAGAAGGCCGGGCUUUAAUAGCCUGGUGAUAUUUUGUGGAAGCAAUUUCAUGGCACCUCCAGGAUUCUACAGCAAGCUCUUCCUCGUCCUCUGCAUAUUCAGUCCACUCACCUUCGGCGCCGUGAAUGCAGGUUCAGAUGGGCAUGGUAAGAAACACAAGGUUUCACUAGACUGGACAAACCAUGGUGGAGAUUUGUACAAUAGAAGAUAUGCCAACAAGGAGACCAAGAUCGGCCCUUCAACUGUCUCCAAUCUACGUUUGAAGUGGGAAUUUUAUGCUGGAGGUGAUAUAACUGCAACACCAGCUGUUUUUAAUGGCACCCUUUACUUCCCAAGCUGGAAUGGAUACAUAUAUGCAGUUAAAGCGUCAGAUGGGUCCCUUGUUUGGAAGAAAAACUUGCAGAAAUUAACUGGCUUUAACAACACUGGUUUCCUUCUCAAUGUCAACUCAACUGUUUCCAGAUCAGCACCGACUGUUGCCGGUAACCUCAUAAUUUUCGGGAUCUAUGGCCCUGCUGUUGUCAUUGCUGUCAAGCGGUCAACGGGGAAGCUUGUGUGGUCAACCCGGUUAGAUAAUCACAACAGAAGUUUGAUUACCAUGUCUGGAACCUACUACAAGGGGGGUUUCUAUGUUGGGACAUCCUCACUGGAAGAAGGUGUCAGCGUGGAGCUAUGCUGCACAUUUCGUGGCAGCCUCUCCAAACUAGACGUCCGAACUGGUGUAAUCUUGUGGCAGACCUUCAUGCUGCCCAACAACUUCGGUAAAACCGGGGAGUAUGCCGGAGCAGCUAUUUGGGGAAGCAGCCCUUCUAUUGACGUUCUCAGAAACCUGGUCUAUAUUGCCACCGGAAACCUAUACUCUGCUCCUGCUAAUGUACUUGAGUGCCAGGAGAGGGAGAAUAACCAGACAGUACCUACAUCUCCGGACAAGUGUAUUGAGCCUGAUAACCAUUCAAAUUCAAUACUAGCCCUUGAUUUGGACUCCGGAAAGAUCAAAUGGUAUAAGCAACUAGGAGGUUAUGAUGUAUGGUUUGGUGCAUGCAACUGGCAUUUAGAUCCUCGAUGCCCACCUGGUCCAAGUCCAGAUGCUGAUUUCGCUGAAGCACCAAUGAUGUUAAGUAUAUAUGUCAAUAGAACUAAGCAUGACGUUGUUGUGGCUGUCCAAAAAAGUGGGUUUGCAUGGGCUUUAGAGCGUGAUCAUGGAAGCCUAGUAUGGUCUAAGGAAGCUGGACCAGGAGGCCUGGGAGGAGGAGGUAUGUGGGGUGCAGCAACUGAUGAAAGGAGGAUUUACACUAACAUUGCCAACAGUCAGCACAAAAACUUCACUCUUAAACCAUCCGAGAACACCACAAUUUCUGGCGGAUGGGUGGCAAUGGAAGCUCGUAAUGGCAAUAUCCUGUGGUCGACAGCCAAUCCAAAUAAUGCUACAGCCCCUGGCCCUGUUACGGUGGCUAACGGUGUACUUUUUGCUGGAUCCACAUAUCGACAAGGAUCCAUAUAUGCAAUGGAUGCAAAGACGGGUAAGAUUCUUUGGUCAAAUGACACUGGAGCCACCGUUUAUGGUGGCAUAUCGGUGAGCAAUGGAUGCAUUUACCUUGGCAAUGGUUACAAGGUAACUCUGGGAUAUGUUAACAAGAAUUAUACGGCUGGAACCUCACUCUAUUCCUACUGUGUACAAUAAUUUUUGCUUUCUGCCCCACAAUCUGGGGAGAGAAUGUCAUUUAUCAGUUAAUAUCUGAUGCAUGACUCACACCAACUCCCAUCUCUCUUAGCUUUCUAGAUUUCAAAGACUUGUUCUCUUUCUUCUUCUUGUAAUUUGGAUAUACGUGUACUUGGUUGCACCCCUCGCUUUAAUAAAAUUGCAUUACUUACAUGGCAUGAUUUUUAUUGAAAAUAAAAGGAGACCAAUGAGUUUGAAA